CUUUAGUAGGGCCCAAGCCAGCCAGGAAGGAGGAGGUAGCCAGAGUGGCCACCACUGUUCUCUUCAGCAGAAGACCCCCUGCUGCCCUGCCCAGCCUACUCAUGCCAGUCCCUGCUCUUUUUGGCCCUGGUGGGAGCAAUCUUCUUGGGCCUCAACAUGGUCUUCCUUGGCAUCUACCUGAUUUGCUUUUGCUGCUGCAAGAAGGAGGAAGAGUCUGAGACCAAGAGACCCAAUUCUUGCUGCAUCACCUGGACUGCUGUGGUAGCUGGCCUCAUCUGCUGUGCUGCUGUUGGCAUUGGUUUCUAUGGCAACAGCGAAACCAACGAUGGAGUAUAUCAGCUGAUCUAUGCUCUUGAUAAUGCGAAUCACACUCUCUCAGAGAUUGAUUCACUGGUCUCAAGUACCACUGUGGAGAUGAAGGUGGCUCUGGAGCAGCAUCUGGCGCGACUGAAUGAGAUCUUUGCCAUACGAGGCGACUAUGUGCAGACACUCAAAUUCUUGCAGCAGAUGGCAGGCAACAUUGUGCUGCAGCUCUCAGGGCUCCCUAUCUGGGGUGAUGUCACUGUAGACCUGUCCCAGGUAGCCAAUGAAGUCAGCUAUGUGGAGUACUAUAGGUGGCUGUCCUACCUCUUCCUGUUCAUCCUGGACUUGGUGAUUUGCCUUAUUGCCUGCCUGGGUCUUGCAAAGCACUCUAAAUGUCUGCUUAUUACGAUGCUGUGCUCUGGACUUCUCACGCUUAUUCUCAGCUGGGCCUCCUUUUCAGCAGAUGUUUCGGCAGCUGUGGGUACCAGUGAUUUCUGUGUGGCCCCAGAUAAAUUCAUUGUGAACAUGACGCAAGGUGACCUCAGUGCAGAGAUUGUUCGCUACUACUUGUAUUGCAGCCAGAGUCUGACCAGUCCCUUCCAGCAGGCCCUGACCAUCUACCAGCGCUCUCUCACUACCAUGCAGAUCCAGAUUCAAGGCCUUAUGCAAUUUGCUGUACCCCUUUUCCCUACAGCUGAGAAAGACUUGCUUGGUAUACAGCAGUUACUGAACUACUCUGAGACCAGCCUUCACCAGCUAACUGCCAUGUUGGAUUGCAGGGGCCUACACAAGGAUUAUCUGGAUGGCUUGAUUGGGAUCUGCUACGAUGGAGUGGAAGGCUUGCUCUACCUCAUCCUCUUCUCCCUGUUGGCUGCCAUGUCCUUCUCCACCAUCAUUUGUGCCAUGCCACGUGCCUGGAAGCAUUUAGCCAGCAGGGACCGGGAUUACGAUGACAUAGAUGAAGAAGACCCCUUCAAUCCACAGGCCCGACGUAUUGCUGCCCACAACCCCUCCCGUGGGCAGCUCCGUAGCUUCUGCAGUUACAGUAGCAGCCUGGGCAGUCAAACAAGUCUCCAGCCUCCAGCACAGACCAUCUCCAAUGCCCCAGUGUCUGAGUACAUGAACCAAGCUGUGCUCUUUGGUGGGAACCCACGCUAUGAAAACGUCCCACUGAUUGGAAGAGGAUCGCCUCCCCCCACGUAUUCUCCAAGUAUGCGAGCCACCUAUCUUUCGGUUAAUGAUGAUCACAGGCGACAGUACGGCAGCGAAUUUCCAGCCUAGCAGUCAACUGGUAGAGAAAAACCCACAAACAAUGUUUCUAUAGUGGAACCCGGCAACAACUGAAGGUGUGUGGACUGCAGGGACUACGAUUGCCUCAUAGUGAAAUGGCAGAGGAGGACAAUUGGAGAGGGAAUCAGUUGAAGACAACACCUGCUGGCAUUCUGGAUAGUCUUCCAGGGGUUAUCCCAUGUGCUUGACUGGCAGCUUUUUUCUCCUAGCGUUUAGUCUUCCUCUCUUGCACACAUAGGAUACUACCCAGUGCCUCCAUCCUCUGAGCAAGCUGCUCUGAAGUCUUCUCCUUGACUUGACAUCUCCGGCCCCCUUCCUGCCACCAGUGCAUUGUCCUCCCCAUCCUCUUUAUGUGGCGGGUGGGGAAAUUUGGGUAUGGACUGUCACAAGUUUGUGCCCAGGCCAUCAGUUCCUGCUUUCCCUCUGCACUGACUUUGGGGCUAUUUUGUCCAUUGUUGAUGAUGUGGCUCAGGCUUCCUUUUAUUUUAUUCGAGCAAAUAAGACCAGUACACUGUACAAGUAAAUAGAAAACUGACGCAUGGUGUACAAUGACUUAAGGGAAAUGGGGAUGCUGGCCACAAAAGAAAAUGCUCCUCAUCUCUGAGUCAAUGCAAUACCAACCACUAGAGUGAUUUUCAUGUUUUCCUCUGGAGAGGGUUCAAAACAAAGCCCUGAUGCUGACUUGGCACUAUGCUACUUUUUACCAUCAUCAUCCCUUUCAAGAGCACCAGUUUUGGUGUGUGUGGUACAAGCUCCAUGCAGUAUUCUCCCUUGUCACCUGUUCCUUUGCUCCUGCAGUUAACAAGCCACUUGCCUCGCCAGCCAUUGUUGUGGGGGCCUCAGGUAUUAUUUGGAACAAACUGAAUUUUUGUUCUGUGUAUUUUUGUUCUGUAUUUCUUUCUCCCAGUGUUUUUAUAUUGACUUUCCAAAGAAGAUAACCUUUUUUGGUUUUGGUUUUUAAAAUUUAUUAAACAUGGUUUUUAUAUAUGUAUAAAUAUUUUGCAGGGCUUUUUGUUUUUAGCACUGACUUUUUUUCUGAUGAAAAGAAACAUUAAAAUGAACCCUCCCAAGGCAAUGCAACUCUGUGGGAAAACUUUAACUCAUUCAAGCAUUCUUUUCUUUUGCUGUGUUGGGGGUGAGAGAAGUAUCUGUGAAAAUCAGGUUGAGAAGUGAUAGCUCCAGAGCACUGCAGUGAAGAUGCUGUUGACCAACAAUGUGUUAGCACAAUCUCCUUUGAGUAACAUCUGUCUUGCAAUGACAGAGUUGUAGCAGCAGCUACAUCCCUCUUAGAGGGUCUUGAAAGUAACCUCCUAUCGACACUGAUCAAGGAAGUCUUGCUAAAUGAACUGCUCUUCAUCACUGCAGUAAUGGCUAGCAUAGUUUUGGCUGUCAAUACAAAUAGAACUUGAUUCUCCACCUCAAUCCACAGGGAUCCUCUAUGCCUUUCUCUUCCCAUGCCUGUCUCACUCCCCCACUGAAGGAGUAAUGGGAGAUUGCUGAGGGACAGGGAGAAGUGUAAAAGGAUCAAAAUCUGUCCAAAUCAAUAAGUGAAAUGUUCUUUCAUUUACAGGUUUUCCAGUUCUGCCAUCUUACUGAUCUAAUUGCAGCUUUUGGCUAAACCAGUUUAAUUCCUUUUUUAAAGUCUGUGAGGCUGCAUUGGCUUCGGCUGUGUUAAGUGACUGAAUACCAGUUUCAGGAGAAGGGCUUAUCUUCAUCUCCUGCUUGUGGGCUUCCCAGAGGCAUCUAAUGGGCCAUUGGGAAACCGGAUGCUGAACUAGAUAGGUCUUUGGCCUGAUCCAGCAAGGCUCUUAAGUGCUUAUGAGUUUCCCCCCACACCCGUGAAUGUUUCCUGGAACUUCAUACCUUAAAAUUGUUGGAAGAGAAAGCAAUAUACAACACUCUCAUGGGAACACAAAGGGAUGGGUCUGCCCACCCAAGCACAAAGAACCCAGAAAAUACAUUCACUCCCAAGCAUGAGCACUGCAAAUAAGACUUCAAGUGCCAUCAGUUUGGGACAGUGAAUUUUCAGCUGCACAUCCUUAGGAAUUGCUUUUGCCAACAACUGCACAGUGCUAAAAAAAACUACAGGGGUAUAAAGUUGUCGUCCUAGGCAUGCAGUGCCACAUAGAGGUUUUAACAAUGUGACAGCAAUGACUCAUUUUGUCUUUUAUCAAGGAUAACUUGUACACAUAAUAUACGGCAACAUCAUUUGUACAUUCAUCCUAUAUGUGAUUGACUACAACUUAAGGCAUGGGGAGGUACACCCUCAUUUUAUGCUUUUAAUCUCGUCAUUGUAACAAUACCGUUGAAACUGUUUUUAAAAACGCAUGUGAACUAACCUCAUCUCGAGCUCCUCUUGGAGCUAUGCCUGAUUUGUAUGUACUGACUGGGAAGCAAAUAAACACUUGUACUAAAAGGCAA